UGGUCGGGGCCUCCCGCAGAGCUUGCUGGAGUUCGUUUGCCUUCUUUCCCAAGGGUCUCUGGUGACGAGCCUGUGUGUGCCGCAUGGCAUGGCGGUGCUGUGGGCCCUCGCUCUGGCCUCGGCUGCAGGUCUGGCCGCUGCCUACCCACCGAACAUCGUGCUGAUCUUUGCUGAUGACCUGGGCUACGGGGACCUGGGCUCCUACGGCCACCCCACAUCCACCACCCCCAACCUGGACCAGCUGGCCACCGCCGGGCUGCGGUUCACGGACUUCUACGUGCCAGUGUCUCUGUGCACACCCUCCCGGGCUGCCCUCCUGACCGGCCGACUCCCAGUUCGGUCGGGCCUGUACCCUGGCGUUCUGGAGCCUGGCUCCCGAGGGGGCCUGCCCCUGGAGGAGGUGACCCUGGCCGAGAUCCUGGCUGACCAAGGCUACCUCACAGGGAUGGCUGGCAAGUGGCAUCUUGGGGUGGGGCCUGAGGGGACCUUUCUGCCCCCCCACCAGGGCUUCCAUCGAUUCUUGGGCAUCCCAUACUCCCAUGACCAGGGCCCUUGCCAGAACCUGACCUGCUUCCCACCGGCCACCCCCUGCCAUGGAAUCUGUGACCAGGGCCUGGUCCCUGUGCCGCUGUUAGCCAACCUGUCUGUGGAGGCGCAGCCCCCCUGGCUGCCUGGACUUGAGGCCCGCUACGUGGCUUUCGCACAUGACCUCAUGGUCGAUGCCCAUCGCCAGGGCCGCCCGUUCUUUCUGUACUACGCCUCCCACCAUACCCACUACCCCCAGUUCAGUGGGCAGAACUUCGCCGGGCACUCAGGCCGCGGGCCAUUCGGAGACUCCCUGAUGGAGCUGGACUCAGCCGUGGGAGCCCUGAUGACAGCCGUGGGGGACCUGGGGCUGCUUAAAGACACACUGGUCAUCUUCACCGCAGACAACGGACCGGAGACGAUGCGGAUGUCCCGCGGCGGCUGCUCUGGCCCACUGCGAUGUGGAAAGGGAACCACCUUUGAGGGGGGUGUCCGAGAACCUGCCUUGGCCUUCUGGCCAGGCCACAUCACUCCCGGUGUGACCCACGAGUUGGCCAGCUCCCUGGACCUACUGCCCACCCUGGCAGCCCUGGCUGGGGCCCCACUGCCCAACGUCACCUUGGAUGGCUUUGACCUCAGCCCCCUGCUGCUGGGCAAAGGCAAGAGCCCCCGGCAGACUAUGUUCUUCUACCCAACCUUCCCCGAUGAGAUCCGUGGGGUCUUUGCUGUGCGGAGCGGGAAGUACAAGGCCCAUUUCUUCACCCAGGGCUCCGCCCACAGUGACACCACAGCAGACCCUGCCUGCCACGCCUCCAGCCCUCUGACUGCCCAUGAGCCCCCAUUGCUCUUUGACCUAUCUGAGGACCCUGGUGAGAACUACAACCUUGUGGGGAGUGGGGCCGAGGUCACCCCCCAGGCCCUGGAGGCGAUGAAACAGCUUCAGCUGCUCAAGGCCCAGUUUGAUGCUAGCAUGACCUUCAGCCCCAGCCAGAUGGCCCGGGGCGAGGACCCUGCCCUGCAGAUGUGCUGCCAGCCCAGCUGCAGCCCCUGGCCCACCUGCUGCCACUGCCCAGGGCCCCUGCGCUGAGGGCACCCGUCCAGGCCCGCCCCCCGUGGCUGAGGCUCAGGCAUGGACAUGUUUCUACCUGAUACCCCAAUAACACCAGGUAAUCCUUGCAGGCGUGAUGAUUCCUCUAGUCCUUGUCGUGGCCAGAGGUAGGUGCUAUUCUGCUUGUGCACAAGUGAGGUAGAGAGAUCCGGCCACAUGCCUGAGGUCAUGGCCAGUGAGGCUGGGCUGGGGUCGGCUCCAUGGCAUCCUGGCUCCUGUGAUUGCAGGCCCCUUCACGGGCGCUGCACUGAGCACCUGUGUGGCCAGGAACGGGGUGGGGAGGGUUGAGGGCACCGCAGACAGGAGACCCAGCAGGUGCCGAGUGCCCAGAGAGCCGGGUUCUCCUGGAGGCCCAGGGACAGACCCCCUUGGCUCUUACCAGAAACCUGCCUGAGAUGCGUGAUGAGCAGCACAUUCCAGGUGGGGACAAAGGGGCGGGGAGCCUGUCAGGCUCAAGGUAGAUGCAUGAGCAGCUUCUGAGAUACCAUGACCCUGGCCCACCUCUGCCCCCCAGAGCGCUACAUUCCGGCCUGUGCACACGUUUCCUGUCCCCUGGCUUCCCCUCUCACCCAGUGUAAGCCAUCCACCCGGCAAAGUGCUCUUAAAAAUAGGUCAGGUUUGGUUCCAUCCCUGCUCAGAACAUCAGGCUCAGAAUAAAACCCAGGCUCCUUAGAGUGGCCGCCGUGCCCACUGAGGCUGCCCUCACCCCUCAGCCUUCCUGUCCCCUCAUCGUAGGCUCUGCAGGGAGGACUCCCUGACUGCCUGCCUGUGUCCACACAGUGGCAUGAAGCCCUCGUGGGUUCCCACGUGUGUGCUGAUAGCAGGGGCGCAUGUGCUCCCAGGACACCGGCAGGCCCCACGUACUCCCUCAGUGUGGGCUGGGUGAGAAGAGUGCCAUCUGGGUGCUCGGGGCCCCAGCGGGCCCCCUCCCCCGGGCAGACCAGACAGCCCUCCCCUCACUGCCCGGCCCCGCCUUUUCCAUGUGGGCAGAAGCCCUGAACCGUGGAGGGACGGCCUCUCCCUGUCCCAGGAGGGCAGCAGCCACUCAGUCCCGUGCCUGCUCCGGGGUGGCAUGAGGAGAGUCCUGAUCCAGAAGGUCAGGGGAAGUCUGCUGGGAUCCCUGAGUCCUCUGGGGGCUGUGCGCUCCGUUCCACAGCGUCACUGGGCCUGACCAGACUUUGUGUAGCUCCCAAGCCCCUGUCUCUGGCCAUCCACCGCCAGAGCUCACAGUUUAAGAAAAUAAACCCUGCUGCUCACGCCA